AGAGUCAGAAUGACCAUGAAUCCAUGAUGACCGAGAGUAGAAUGUUACUUCACAAGUACUAAGUUAGUUCGACAUCCAAACAUUUCGUCAAUGAGAAAAGGCACAGGCCGGAAAUGCUAAAUUUGCACAACAUUCUCUCGGCGGUAUCUUUCCAUCUAGUGAGCUCUAUCACAAUAUCAGUCCAAGGGUGUUGCCGCAUGUGCACGGUUCACUAGCUUGGCAAGUAUUAGUUGCUUGAACUAAUUUCCUCGGAGUUGAGGGCAGUAGGUGCUCUUUUCAUCGCAGUAAUUGGCGCUGCCAGGGUACUUGUAGAAGAGCUCACCGCUUAUGAUCACCGUUGGAACUAACUGCUACUUGUUGCCUCUCCGCCAUUCGGAAUAACAGCGCUAUCGAUAUAAAAAUAAUUAAUUGUCGGUGUCGGAUUCCAGCACUGAAUUGAAGGGGUGAGCCAACUUCCAGUGAUCCAGUGGCUAGUGUGUGUACAAGCAGCAGUUAGUGCUUGCACCACUUCAAGUCUUCACUGAUCGGCCCGGGAGCGCUGAGACGGGACUGCAGCGGCCAUGCCGACGCAUGGGCUGGGAGUCAACACCAGCAACCGAUUAGCAGGGCAGCCAUCUACCAAUGACUUGCGAUCCAGCAAUGUCAUCCUCUUCGACACAUCCAAGCGAGAGCUCUUCUCACCCACCAGUGGUUUCAAGACACUGACGAGAAAACUGCGGUCGUCAUGGCGGAUAGCAGUACAAAAGGAUGAGCUGCAGCUGGAGAAGCUGAACGCGGCACGCAUACUGGUGUUUGGCGGGCCACGCGAGAAGUUCACCAGCGCCGAGUUCGAAGCGCUGCGCCAGUACAUCGGCGCUGGAGGAAGCGUGCUGAUCAUGCUGGGCGAAGGCGGGGAGCAGACGUCCGGUACCAACAUCAACUUUCUCCUGGAGGAGUGCGGCAUCAACAUCAAUUCCGAUGAAGUCAUUCGGACAGUCUACUAUAAGUAUCCGCACCCGAAGGAAGCAUACAUAUCGAAUGGUAUUCUCAACCGGGAGAUAAACCGUCGUGCCGGUAAGAAGGUCAGUGCGGAUCGGAGUGUGGAAGCAGAAACUGCUGGGAAUGUGCACUUUGUGUAUCCGUACGGAGCCACGCUGACGCUACAGAAGCCGGCCGUGGCUGUCUUAUCAACGGGCAGCGCCUGUUUCCCGCUGAACAGGCCAGUGUGUGCUUUCUACGCACUCAAGAAGGCUCAGGGAAAAGAAGGCCGCAUGGCAGUGAUCGGUUCCAGUCAUAUCUUCCACGACAGCUUCAUCGACAAGGAUGAGAACAGCAAGGUUCUGGAUGUCGUUCUAGACUGGCUGACUAACAUGGAUUUCAAACUGAAUAGUAUCGAUGCUGAGGAUCCAGAGAUCUCUGACUAUCGACAACUGCCUGACACAGACAAGUUGUCCGAGCGACCUCGAGUCUGCCUGCAAGAGUCUGAGGAGGUACCAAAAGACUUCACACAGCUGUUCCAGACUGAGCUGAACUCACUGCAUGUCAGCAACGUGGCCACCGUACUCAAGGCAAAGGAAGAUCUACGUGUGAAGCACGAGCCCCUCACUCUCAUACAGCCGACGUUCGAGACACCGCUUCCUCCUGUGCAACUGGCUGUUUUCCCACCGACCUUCCGUGAGCUGCCGCCACCAAGUCUCGAACUGUUUGACCUUGACGAGGCCUUCUCCACGGAGAAGGUGCGAAUGGCUCAACUAACAAAUGAUUGUACUGACGAGGAGUUGGAGUAUUUCAUUACCAGCUGCGGCGAGGUACUGGGUGUUAACGCUAAGCUGGCAAAAGACAACCGUGACGCGCGACAUGUGCUGGAGUAUAUCCUGGCACAGACGGUGGAAUUCAAGAAGAGAAAUCAGGACGCGGCCGAUACUCUUGGCGCAGGCAGCAUGUAGCGUGAAGAAUCUGACUAUCGGUGAUUGCCACACAGCGUCGGUAGGAAAGCACCUAGCUCUGUGGUGAUCCGGUAUGGUAAUGUGACAAUUGGUUCAACUCGGAAUCUGCAGUCGUCUGGCAACAUGAUUUGUAGAUAUGUGUGUGGACAGAUAGCUACAGUAUGGUAUAUGUCUUAGUAAGGGGAACACAUCAGCAGAUACCUACAGAGUACGAGUCCCUGCAGCAAGGACAAGGGCAAAAGCACAGCCUCUCACAGCAGAGGCUGUGAACAAUGACAGUGUUCCAAAUCUUGAUCUCCGCUUUCUCAAUAUCUCCCGUUUUGUGUGUUUCUGUGUUAUCUGCUCUUCUGCACUGACUUUUAAUACCCACAAUUUUAUUCUUGAAACUUGUACAGCUGUACAUAGAAGUAUUCCCCCCGGUUCUGGUCAUGAUGGCACGCGCUUUGCCGACAUGUGUGUUAAUGCUGCUCUGCCAUGCCAUGAUGUCAUACGUCCAGUUUCAUUAUAUGAUGGAACAAACUGUUCUGUGUCACAGUCACAGUCUGGACAGUCUCAAGCCAACGUGAAUGUCCUUUCUUAAAUUAACAUGGCACCAGGAUAUCUAGUCACAUCUAUGACCUGUAACGGUAGAACUUUUUUUAAUGUGCACAUGUGUGAGUGCUUUUGUUUGUUUCCGGAGUCUGCAGGUUGAAGUUUUCCAGUCGGGGUUGAUUUUAUGUAUUGCUUUCACAGCAUGUGUGUGUUCUUGA